AUGUUACCAACUAAGCAUUCGAUGCGUCCUAUCUCAAAUUCUGACCUGCCCACACUCGCAGACUUCCUCCACACCUCAAAACUAGCUCUGACCGUGAACCGCCUUAUAUUUAAGUAUUGGCCGAACAAUGCCACCCAGCUACAGCUCUACACUGAAGCCGUCGAAUCCGGGUUUUCCGAUCCGUCAAUGGAAUGCUUGAAAGUGGUUGACGAUGAAACGGGAGAUAUCGUCGGCUACCUUGCCCUCUCUCGGAAACAGGGGGGAAAAGAAGAAGAAAAGCCAGCUGUCUCAGAAGGAGAUCCAGAGCCAAGCGUACCAGACGGACUCAAUCCACAUGUUUUCAAGGCGGUCAUGAAUGCAGUGUCAGGAAUCACUAAGCAGUUUGAGGGGGUCGACCGUUUCGAGGUGACAUACAUCUGUGUCAAACCUAGGAGUCGCAGACAUGGGAUUGGAUCGGAGUUGGUUAGAAAGUGUUUUGAUAGGGCGAAAGCUGAGAACCUACCGCUUGUCGUCUGUGCGGAGCCAGAGGCACACCCUUUUUUCAAGGCGGUUGGAUUCGAAGAUACAAAGCAUGCCGAUAUAGAUCUCAGCCAGUGGGCACCGCCAUAUAGCGGCUUCGGGACGUUCAGACUGACAAGCAUGAUCUGGUCGCCCUGA